AUGGUGUACUGGCGUCAUUAUCUGGCUCGGCCUUCUGAAGUAGUCAUGGAAAACCGUCUUCGCUUCUUUGGUCACGUUAUGAGGAUGCUGUCUGACCGUCUUGUCCAAGUAGUCCUUAAGAUGCUUCCCCAUGCUAAUUGGAAAAGGCCUCCUGGUCGUAAAAGAAAGUUCUGGAAAGAGAUGGUGAAGGAAGAUCUGGGGACACUUGGCGUUGACAUUCAGUUCAGUCGAGACGUGAAAUUCCGCCGCUUGUGGAAUAGCGGCCGAUGGGUAGAUUCUGUCCGUACUCUAGCUGAAGAUCGAACAGGAUGA